AUGGAUCGGGGGCGCGCGGCGGCGGCGCUGUUCGCGCUGGCCGCGUGCGUCGCGUGCUCUUCAGCAGGUCCAACGGAAGGAUGUUACUACAACUUUCAGCACUACGGUGAAGGCGAUCGAAUAAUGACGAACGAGCCCUGUCUCAACUGCACGUGUCACAAUCGAAUGUUAAUGUGCUACCUCAGAGUGUGCCCAUUUACAAAAGCAAUUGGCCAGGAUUGUACAGUGGAGAAACGAGCUGACCAAUGCUGUCCUAUCGUGACAUGCCCUGAUGUUCCAGUUGACCUACUCACUUCUACUUCGACCUCAUCUCCUGCUGAAUAUGGACCAACUGGAAUGGGGAAAUUAGAUAAAUAUGGCUGCAGUAUAAACGGAAAAUACUUCCCCGAAGGGUCAAAAGUUCCACCAUCACCGAAUAAGCCAUGUGAACACUGCUACUGCAUUCGCAAUAUGACAACUUGUGUUAUGCAAGAAUGUACACUCCACGUCGACGGUUGCACACCAAUUUAUCAUAAGGACGUCUGUUGUCCAGUGCGAUAUUCCUGUGAUCAUACAGAAGACGAAAUUCCUCUGUUAGAUGAUAUGACCACGACAGUUCGCCCAACUCCUGGCUUCCUCUUGACAACCACAACAAUGAUGCCCGUUACACAAAUGACACAAGAUUGUAUACACGAUGAACAAAUAUUCCCAGAUGGAGCUUCCAUUAAAACCGAUAAGGCUUGUGAACAUUGUUACUGUAUGAAAGGAGAUAUUGUAUGUGUUGUACAAGAAUGUGGAACACCUAUGGAAAACGAAGGCAAGAAUUGUACAUCACUGCCACCCCGUCAUGGUCAAUGCUGUCCAGAUACAUAUAUAUGUGAAGGUGAUGAGCCCAGUUUAGAUAUAACUACAGAAGUAACCGAUUUGACAUCCGCACCUCCAAGAAGAGUUGGAGUUGAAGGUAGUGGUUAUAGAAACGAACCCGAUGAACUAUACACAGAAAGAGGUCCUUUUGAAAAUGAAGUCGAAGGUAGUGGAGAUACAUCGGAAACAGACAUGCCAUCUAAAAUUUCUCCCGAUCCAAGAGAUGAAUUAUUAUUGAGUACGACUGAAAAAGAAGUUAACCUCAGCGAGACUACGGAAGCAGAUAAAGGAUUUAAUACAAUACCUGACACUAUUUCUGAAAAUGAACCAGUAGUGACUGUUGACCAGGAUUCAUAUGCGCCAUCCACAGAAUCAACGAUAACCGAUGUUAAAGCAACCGUCGAUGAAGAAUUAGAACCGUCCCAGGAUGUAACGCCUAUGGAGGAAGAUGAAAAAUUCACAACUGAAUCUUCUUUCCAUUCUCACGAAAUUGACGAUAUUGUACCCACCGAUAUUUCGAAACAAAAGGAAACUCCAACUUAUACUCCCGAAUCAACAACACUAAAGGAGGAACCCUUACAAAGUUCAGCAACGGAGACUACAGAAUUAAAGAAAGAAACUGAACAAAUACCUAUUUCUACGGAGAGUGUUUCACUUAAUGAUAUUGUUACAACAGAAAAUGUUAUAAUUUCUGUAACCGAAGAAGAUGCUUCUGAAGCAGUAACAUCUUCAGAUAGCAAAAUUAAUAACGAACCUGAACUGACGACCAAUCUUGUCAGUAGUGUCACUGAACAAAAUGAACCAAAUGUAGAAAUGUCAACAUUGAAAGAAAUGAAUAUUGUAAAAGAUAUCACCACAGUAAGUGACAUCAAAGAAAUUCCUGAAACAACUUCCUUUAAUCCUGUCGAUAAUGAAGUUGAUUACAUUCCGGCUAGAAUUCCUGGAGAAGGUGAUUGUUUGUUGAACGGAAUAACUUACGGUAAUAAUUCAGCAGUUCCAAGUACAAAUAAUUGCCAUUCAGGCUGCAGAUGUGUAAGCAGUAUUAUUAAAUGCGAUCCAAUCAUAUGUAGUCCUCCUCCGGAAUAUAUGGAAAAUAUGAAUGAUUGCCAAACUAGUUACGAUACGCCUGAUGCAUGCUGUCCCACUUAUGUCUGCAAUGCUAAAGAAACGAGCCUCCCACAAUCCCACAGUCACACAUCUGUCACGGAAAGUUCAAAACCUGCUGUUGCUGAUGAAUGUAACGGUAGUGAAUGCAACUUUAAUGGAGAGAAACAACCAUCGCAAACUAUCUGUGUAUCAGGUAAUUGUGAGAGUGGAUCUAAGCAAAGUGAUUGUGGUACUAAUGGUUGCCAAGACCAACCACUUCCAUCACAACUACCUGAAGAUUGUUCCGGAGAAAAAUGCUCUGUAUCACCAAUUACUUCAUGUGAAGGAGAAAAUUGUGAGGCAUCGGAUAAAACAGAAGAAGAUAUUAAUAAAAAGACCCCAAUUGAAUCUCCCAUUAUACCUAUUUGUACUAAUGAACAUGGGUGUGAAACAACACCGACGGAAGAGAAGUGCAACGAAGAAUCUUGUAGACGAAAAGAAAGCUCUGAGACUGAAACAAAAGUUCCAGUGGAAUGUUCAGGUUCUGACUGUAAGAUUAGGAAUGAACAAAAUGUACCAGAUGUCGAACUACCAAAUGCACCAUCCACAGAUGGAAUAUUAAAUGAAAAAACUACUGAAACAAUUAUAAGUGAACUUGUUACUCAAAAUAUUUUGACAUCAGAAAAGGAAAUAAUGAGUGAAUCAUCUACAGAAUUACCAACAGAGUUACCACCAAUUAAGAUUUAUCCAUCAGAGUCAUCCAGUUCAAAGACAAGCGAAGAAACAACAGAAGUGCCAAUAAAAUCGGUUACGGAAAUUGAACCAAAUAUGCCUACCGAUGUAGAUAUGCAAAAUGAAAUGGAUAUAUUGAAGGAAAAGACGGAUAAAUCAGAACCAUCUCCCAUCGAUUUCGUACCAACAUCUGUUGCAACCGAAAAUACAAACAUUUCAGAUGAAGAAUCUUCUACAGAAAAAGUAAGUGAAACGAAACCUACCAAUAUGGAAGAAAUAGAAGCUGUUACUGAAAAUAGGUUAAAGGAUGAUACAGUUAUAAAUAAAGAUGUUUCACCUCAAGAUUAUACAACAGAAGCUGCACAAACAAGUACUGCACAGCCUGCAGUAUUGGACACCAAACAAGAUGAAACCUUUACUAAAUUACCGAUAGGUAAAGAUGAUGAUAUCGAACAACAUGAAACGGAAGCACCUAAAGAAAUUGAAGUCAAAGUAACAACGGAAAUCGAAUAUCAACAACCGACAACAGAAAAACAAGAAAAAGUAGAUAUAUUAUCUCAAACAACUUUGAUACAAGAAUCGAUUACUACUGAAUUACCUGAACCACUUGUAACUGUAAGUGUGACAGGAGAUGUAAGUAAAACAAUGGCGGGAUCAGAAGAUGAUACAACGCAAUAUAAUCAAUACGAUAAAACUGAAAAGAUCUCAUCUCCAGCCGUUGAUACUACAGAUUCCCCAAGGCCAUCCAAGACAGAACAAGAUGCUACUGAAAUAGAAUCAAGUACUGUCUAUGAAAAAGAGUUUACUGUAAAACAUGAUACCUAUACUGAAUUACCAGAAAUCACAGUAACCAAUUUGGAUACUAAAGUUGAUUCGGAUUCAUUACAAACCACUUCAUUAGAAGAAUCAGAGGAUAAAGAUAAGGAAUUUAGCACUCCUAGUUCAGUUAUAGAAGACUCCGAACACUUGGCAACGAAUGCAGAUGUAACACAUCCAGAAGAUGAGCAUUCGGAGACUAAAUAUCAAGAAUAUCCUUCAUCAACAGAGAGUGAAUCAUUGCAACAUGAAGAUAGAAAUGAAGAUUUGAACAAGGAAGUAACAGAAAAACAGGUUACUGAAACAAAACAUGAAAUACCCUCAAAGCAGCCACAAGAAGAAAGUGAAAACACAAAACUUGAGGUAUCUACCGAAGCAAUUGUAGAAAAUGACAUGGAGCCUAUUGGAGACUUACAAACUGACUCUCCAAUUACGAAUAAGGAAUCAACGACAAAUCUAAUUAAAGAUGCUUCCGUCACAGAGUCUUCCCAUUAUGACACCUCUGAUUCAGAAAUUGAAAGUGGAGAUAAAUAUUCAGAAUUGAACACCACGCCUCAAGAUGUUUCUGUUGAAAAAGAAACUCCUGCAGUUCCUGUUGUGAGUGAAGCAAGUGAUAAUGAAUCUUAUGAAACUGACAAAAACAUAGUAAAACAUACAUCACCGUCAUCAGAUGAAUCUUCUACUAUUGAAAAUACACAGUAUUCCGAUAUUGGAAAAAGUGAAGAACCAACGACUUCAUUGCCAAAAGAAAUAACAGAAGAAAGCUAUCCAUCUAUAGAUAUCGACUCACACACUCCAAUAAAAACAGAUGAUAUGAAAGAACAAUCUCCUGAACAUCAAAUACCCGAAAAGCCCAUGGAUAGAGAUGGUGAAGCAAUGGCUACUAUAACAACGACACUCCCACCAUUUACCAAUACUUAUGAUGUUCCUUCAUCUCACUCUCCAAAUGAUAUUACCAGCGAUGAAGAAAAAGUAACUUCAAGUUCCCACGCGGAUGAAAAAGAUGAAUCAGAAACAUCUAUAACUAGCUCUGAUGAACAUGUGUCCGAAAAAACAGAGCAAAGUGUGCAAGAUUUCACUCCUACGACAAUAAACAAUAAUCAAAUAUCUGAAGUCAUAACCGAAAAAAUUCAUACAGAACCACAAGAAUAUGCAACAGAGAAAUCUAGAGACGAAGAAGGUAUAAGCGAGAAACCUGAUGAAGAUAUUAAUAAAGAUGAAAAUGCUUUCGAUGGCUCUAAAAAGGAACAUAGUACAGAACUACCAUAUUCCCAAACGACUUCAGUCAUUUUAGAGGGAUAUUCAACAAUAUCGCUACGUGAUAAUGAAGUUUACAAAACUACCAGCAAGCCAGAAUCUGAUUCAAGCGAUAUCGAAAAGUCUGUAACAACAUUAAAUUCUUUAAUAACGGAAGGUGAAGAAGUUACUGAAAAAAUAAUCAAUGCGGAUAUGGCAGACCAAGAAUCUUCUACUGAAAUUUCUAAGGACGAUAUAUUGGAUGACAAACAUAUUCAACCAACUACAGAAAACUCUGUAGAAGUUCAAACUGAACAUGAUAUGUCCCUAAAUGCAUUUACUAAAGAUAAAGAAUUAGAAAAUGAUGAAUUGCUUACUUCUGUAAAUUAUAUGACUUCAACUCAAUCUAAAGUAACAAGCCAAUAUGAUGAAGUGACAGAAAUUUCAGUGACACCUAAAGCAGAAGUAGAAAAAGAUCAGAAAGACGAAGGAAUUAACACGGAGGAACCAAAACAAACUACUAAACCACAAUUUGAGGAUGAAGAUUCUAUCCAAGAUGAACAUAACACUAUUUCUUCGCUCACAGAAGAACAUUCUUACACUGAAUCACCCGAUAGUAACGUGAGAACUACUGAACCUGUAAUUUUGAAAGAAGAAGAUUUGCCAAUACAUCAAGAUGUACCGUCUAAAGAAACGUACACUAUAACUGACGAAAGUCAAACAGUUCCUACAAAAGUGGUAUCGGAAGAAAAAGGCAUAACCACAGAAGUUGUUCCUACAGAACAAGAAAUGAUACCAACAUAUUCAGAAAUGGAUGUGAAGGAAGGAGAAAAGGACACAAGUGAAGAAACAAAGAGCCCUGAAAUAAUGAACGUUGAAUCAGAUAAACAUCUGACAACGGAAUCUUUACCAUCGGCUGAUAUUACCGAAAAAGAAGCAUAUCCAUCCAAAGUUCCCAAUAUAGCAGAAGAACAAAGCACUUCUAGACCAGAUACUGAGAGUGUAACAAAACUGGUUGUACCUGAAACGUUCGAAACUACGGAAAAACAAUACAUAACUAAAUCUGAUGACGACGAAAUAUCCAAAAUCUCAGAAAAUCCUGAACAACAUGGUACUUCAGAAAGCGAUAUCGAAAGUGUAACUCAAUUAAUUGACACCGAACCUUCCAGUACCGAAAAGCAAUACGAGACAAAGUUAGACCAGGAAGAUGUUCCUACAGUUCCGCAAGUCAUUGAAGAACAUAGUACUUCUCGCAUUGAUACAGAAACUAUAACAGAACAAAAGUAUCCUGAACUUCCCACUACUGAAAAGCAGUCUGAUCAAGAAGAAAUUCAUGAGAUCCAAAAACCAAAUGAAGAACAAGGUACUUCCCAGAUUGGCGAUGAAACUUCAACAAAGGAAGAUGAUUCCAUAUCUUACACAACUGAGAAACAAUACGAUACUAAGACAGAAAAAGAAGAAACUGAGAAGAUCCCAGUAUUUGUAAAUGAACAAAGUACACCCCAAAGUGAUAUGGAAAGUGUAACCAAAUUCGGUGAAGCCGAACGUGAAACAACUGAGAAGCAAUAUGCAUCUGAAACAGACCAUAAAGAUUCUGAAGUAAUGGAUGAACACACAAUAUCACCAAACGAAAUUGUGACACAAUCUGAAGACUUUGUUCGAAUUACUACUGAAAAAGAAUAUGUCACAUCAGCGGAACAAGAAAUACCUAAGGUUGUAGAAGAAAAUGAAAAGCAAAGUACACCUCUAAAUGAUAAUGAAAUCGUAACGAAACCGGAAUAUACUGAAUUGGAUUCUAUUACAACUGAAAAAACACACGAAAUUAAAUUUGAUCAAGAAGAUGUGUCUAAGUCUCCUGAAAUAAUUGAAGAACACAGCACUUCUCACUUUGAUACUGAAAGUGUAACGAAACUUGAGGAUAACGACGCUUUCACAACUGAAAAGCAAUACGUAACAAAAUCUGAUCUAGGAGAAACUCCUGGUGUGAUUCAGGAACAAAUCACAGAAGCAUCCCGAAUUGGCUCUGAUACCGAGACUAAACUUGAGGAUACUGCAGCUUCUACUACUGAAAAACAAGACGUAACAAAAAUUUAUAUUGAAGACACUCCUUCUGAUAAAACAGAAGCUAAUGUUUAUGAAAAAGAUACUAUAGAAACGGAAAAAACCACUGCCUUGCCUGUUAUAGCUAUUGAUACUACUAUAAAAUCUGAUUUGGAAGGCUCCGAUUUACAAAAACCAUUAGAAGAAGUACCCGAAGUUUCACCAAAAGAUGAGUCUUCAACUAAAGGUGUUCUGGCAGAUGUAACUACAAGUACCUCAGUGUCAGAGAACAUUGAAGUUACUACUAAAUUAACCAUGCCUGUUGCAAUGAAUGUAGAUAAUGUAGAAAACUAUAGCACGGAACGAGAUUCAGAAGUAAGUUCAUUGCCAGAAGAGGUAGUAACUGUAAAGGAGCCUGAAGACAAAAUACCCAGUAAAGCACAAACGGAAGAAGAAAUCACAUACAGUGAAACAACACCAUAUUCAGUUUUAUUAGAAGAGCAUACCCAUUCGGUCCUAGAAGAUACUUCAUCUGAUGUUGUCAUUGAAGAGUUACCAACUACUGUCAGAAGCGAAAAGCAACCAGAAAGAGGAGAUCAAGUUCCUGAUACAUAUGACAACAACGAUGAAUAUGGACACUCAACGGAAAAACCGAUCGAACAAGAAGUUAUAACAGCAUCUUAUGAAAAAAUAACUAGUCCGGAUGUUGAAACAGUUACCAGUGCAGAUGUUGUAGAAAUUUCAACAAUCGCCGAAAAAGUACCACCAGUAAGUGAUGACAUGUAUGGAGACAAAAAAUAUUCGUCUCCUUUACCAGAAGAAAAAAUAACAACUUCUAUACCAACUAUUAAGGAGGAAGAACAGCACACUACAGUUUCCUCAUCUCCAGAUAAGGAAUUCACAACUUUGAGAGACAUAAUAUUUAGUUCCGAAAGGCCUGAAAUUACUGCAAGUCCAUCUAAAGAUGAAGAUAACGUAGACGUAUCGCCCUCUAGUACAAUUAAACAUCACGAGGAUUUAACAACUCAAUUACCAAUAACCGAAGAAAAAGAAAAGCCUUUCAGCCCAUCACCUAUUCCAAGUUCUUCAGAAAUGCCCGAAAUAAUUGAUGAAUCUCAUGAAGAACAUUCCCCUGAAUUACCUCCAAGUGGACCAGGUGGUUACGGUACGGAACCAGACUACGUUGAAGAAGAUCCAGCGUUUGGCCCUGGCACUUGUCGAUACGGUGGAAAAGUAUAUGUAUCAGCACAGCAAAUCCCAAGAGAUGAUCCAUGUGAUUUCUGCUUUUGCUUUAGAAGCGAUAUCAUUUGUCUUCAACAAAGCUGUCCUCCUCCUAUACAUGGUUGUCAUGAAGAACCAAUACAAGGUUUCUGUUGUCCGCGCUACGAAUGUCCUGUAUCGAUGGCAACUACAGUGAACGUAACAACAACUACUACUACAACGACUACAACAUUACCUCCACAUUUCCUUCCUCAUGCCUAUAAAGGAGCAGCUCAAAGAAGAGGAUGUCAAAUUAAAGGCCACAGUUACAAAGUAGGAGAAGUCGUCCGCGCAUCGUCAGGCCCUUGUUUACAUUGCACAUGCGGUGGAGACGGCCAAAUGAAAUGUGACCCUAAAGCUUGCACUCCUGAACCAAUGUUAAGACAAAUGAUUGCUGCAGCCGUAUCUGCUAAAAGGCGGAGAAUCAAACAAUAUCAUGUACAAAAGAGAAAGAGUUGGUUAAUCCUGGUCAUUAACUAUGAGAGCCCCUGUUCUUAUGACUCGAGGAGCCCCGGUACACCUCGGUUUCCGGCGGGUGCUCCCUCGCGGAUUCGCAAGUGUGUCCCGUGCCCCGGCCACGUGGUCGCCGCUCGCCGCUUGCCCACGGACGGUGACGACACCUCACCACUUACGCGUUCAUACUCCAUUGAUAAAUUCCCGUAA